AUGUGGGUGAACCCCGAGGAGGUGCUGCUGGCCAACGCGCUGUGGGUGACGGAGCGGGCCAACCCCUAUUUCAUCCUGCAGAGGAGGAAGGGGCACGGCGGCGAUGGCGGCGGCGGGGGGCUGGCAGGUCUCCUUGUGGGUACUCUUGAUGUUGUGUUGGACUCCAGUGCCAGAGUGGCACCAUAUCGAAUCCUCUACCAAGCACCAGACUCCUUGGUCUACUGGACCAUUGCCUGUGGUUGCUCAAGGAAGGAAAUCACUGAACACUGGGAAUGGCUGGAACAGAAUUUGUUGCAAACUCUUUCAAUCUUUGAAAAUGAGAAUGACAUAAAUACAUUUGUCAGAGGAAAAAUACAGGGCAUCAUUGCUGAGUACAACAAAAUCAAUGGCAUCAAAGAGGAUGACGACACCGAAAAAUUCAAGGAAGCCAUAGUGAAAUUUCACAAGCUGUUUGGGAUGCCAGAGGAAGAGAAAUUGGUGAACUAUUACUCCUGCAGUUACUGGAAGGGGAAAGUUCCCCGUCAGGGCUGGGUGUAUCUCAGCAUUAAUCACCUUUGCUUUUACUCUUUUCUCAUGGGCAGGGAAGCAAAGUUAGUUAUUCGUUGGGUUGAUAUCACUCAGCUGGAGAAGAAUGCCACACUGCUCUUCCCUGAUAUGAUCAAAGUGAGCACAAGGUCAAGUGAACAUUUCUUCUCAGUAUUCCUUAAUAUAACUGAGACAUUUAAGCUAAUGGAACAGCUUGCCAAUAUAGCUAUGCGACAGCUUUUGGACAAUGAAGGAUUUGAACAAGACAGGUCAUUACCCAAACUGAAAAAGAAAUCCCCCAAAAAAGUAUCUGCUCUGAAACGGGAUCUUGAUGCCAGAGCUAAGAGCGAGAGAUACCGUGCAUUGUUCCGACUUCCCAAGGAUGAGAAAUUAGAUGGACACACAGACUGUACUCUUUGGACUCCAUUCAACAAAAUGCAUAUUUUGGGUCAGAUGUUUGUUUCUACAAACUACAUUUGCUUUACUAGUAAAGAAGAGAACUUGUGCAGCCUUAUUAUCCCUCUUCGAGAGGUGACAAUAGUGGAAAAGGCAGACAGCUCCAGUGUGCUGCCUAGCCCCCUGUCUAUCAGCACGAAAAACAGAAUGACAUUCCUCUUUGCCAACUUGAAAGACAGAGACUUCCUUGUACAAAGGAUCUCAGACUUUCUGCAACAAACCACUUCAAAAAUAUACUUGGAUAAAAAUAUUUCUGGAAGCUAUAUCAGCUCAGAUGAUGAGGUGUUUACAAGGUCAAGUAGUUUAAUUUCUGCCAGCCCUCACAAAAGCCUGAGCUCUGAGUCAGAGGGAGAGCGACAAUUCAACCUCAAUGAUAAUGGCAUUCCAACAGCAACUCAAGCUCUGAUGACAAUGUAUCGGCGCAGGUCACCUGAGGAGUUCAACCCCAAGCUGGCCAAGGAGUUCCUGAAGGAACAGGCCUGGAAGAUUCACUUUGCUGAAUAUGGCCAGGGGGUGUGUAUGUAUCGUACAGAGAAAACAAGAGACCUUGUGCUAAAGGGCAUUCCAGAAAGCAUGAGAGGGGAACUUUGGCUGCUCUUUUCAGGAGCCAUUAAUGAAAUGGCCACUCAUCCUGGCUAUUAUGAGGACCUAGUGGAGAAAUCAAUGGGAAAAUACAAUCUUGCUACAGAAGAGAUAGAGAGGGAUCUGCACCGCUCCCUUCCAGAACACCCUGCAUUCCAGAACGAGAUGGGUAUUGCUGCUUUAAGGAGAGUCCUGACAGCUUAUGCUUUCAGAAAUCCAAACAUAGGAUAUUGUCAGGCUAUGAAUAUUGUCACUUCAGUGCUCCUCCUUUAUGCAAAAGAGGAGGAAGCUUUCUGGCUGCUGGUGGCUCUGUGUGAGCGUAUGCUGCCUGACUACUACAACACAAGAGUUGUUGGAGCAUUGGUGGAUCAAGGUGUCUUUGAAGAGCUGGCUCGUGACUACAUUCCACAGCUUUAUGACUGCAUGCAGGACUUGGGUGUAAUCUCCACCAUCUCCCUGUCCUGGUUCCUCACUCUUUUCCUCAGUGUAAUGCCAUUUGAAAGUGCUGUGGUAGUUGUGGAUUGUUUCUUCUGUGAAGGAAUAAAGGUGAUAUUUCAGUUAGCACUAGCUGUCCUCGAAGCUAAUGUAGACAAGCUGCUUAACUGUAAAGAUGAUGGAGAAGCCAUGACUGUCUUGGGAAGAUAUUUGGACAGCGUAACUAAUAAGGACAGCACUCUUCCUCCCAUUCCUCAUCUUCACUCCCUGCUCAGUGAUGACGUAGAGCCUUAUCCCGAGGUGGAUAUCUUCAGGUUAAUCAGGUCUUCCUAUGAGAAAUUUGGAAGUAUCCGGGCAGAUUUAAUUGAACAAAUGAGAUUCAAACAAAGACUGAAAGUCAUCCAAACCCUCGAAGAUACUACAAAACGCAAUGUGGUGCGAACUAUUGUGACAGAGACUUCUUUUACUAUCGAUGAACUGGAGGAACUAUAUGCACUUUUCAAGGCAGAACACCUGACAAGCUGCUACUGGGGAGGGAACAGCAACGCCACGGAGCGGCACGACCCCAGCCUGCCGUACCUGGAGCAGUACCGCAUUGACUUUGAGCAGUUCAAGGGCAUGUUUGCCCUCCUCUUCCCCUGGGCCUGUGGAACUCACUCUGAUAUUUUGGCUGCCCGCUUGUUCAGGCUGCUGGAUGAAAAUGGAGAUCUGCUCAUCAACUUCCGUGAAUUCGUCUCUGGAUUAAGUGCAGCAUGCCAUGGAGAUCUUACAGAGAAGCUGAAGCUACUGUAUAAAAUGCAUGUUUUGCCUGAUCCAUCCCCUGAGCAAGAAGAGCCAGACUCUGCUUUUGAAGCUACUCAGUACUUUUUUGAGGACAUCACACCAGACUGUACACAUGUUGUUGGCCUAGACAGCAGGAACAAACAUGGAGUAGAUGAUGGGUUUGUUACAGUGAGUCUGAAAACAGACAAAGGUAUGCUUGGUAGCUCACAAGAGAAUCGAAAUUACCUGAGAAUGUGGAGUCAAGAGAAUAAAUCCAAAGCAAAAAACACAAAGGACUUGCCCAAGCUGAAUCAGGGGCAGUUCAUUGAGCUGUGCAAGACAAUGUACAACAUGUUCAGUGAGGACCCCAACGAGCAGGACCUGUACCACGCUACGGCUGCCGUGACCAGCUUGCUCCUGGAGAUCGGGGAGGUUGGGAAGCUCUUCAGCAUGCAGCCCCCCAGCGACACAGACAGCAGCAACAACUGCAGCAAAGCCAUUCAGAGCGAGCUGUUCCAGAAGAAGGAGCCCCAUCAGUACCCCCUGGAACAGCACAAGGCCUUCCGGGACAGCCUGGUGGCCAGCGAGGAGGAGGCUGCUGGCGCCGACAGCGCCCUGGGCAUGCAGAUGGAAGACAUUAAGCUGGAAGACUCUUCUCCCAGGGACAACGGAGCUUGCUCUUCCAUGCUCAUUUCCGACGACGACACGAAGGACGACAGUUCCAUGUCCUCGUACUCGGUGCUGAGCGCGGGCUCCCACGAGGAGGAGAAGCUGCACUGCGAGGACAUCGGGGAAGACACGGUUCUGGUGCGGAGCGGCCGCGCCCCUGCCCUCCGCAGGAGCACGAGCAUUGACAGGGACUGGGCCAUCACCUUUGAACAAUUUUUAGCCUCCCUUUUGACUGAGCCAGCUCUGGUCAGGUACUUUGACAAGCCUGUGUCCAUGAUGGCUAGGAUUACUAAUGCUAAGAACGUCAGAAUGAGGGGAAAGCCAAUAACCUCGGCCAGUGACUAUGAAAUCUCUACUAUGUCGGGAUAAAAGGCAAUCAGGUUUUUUAUUUCAUUUUUUUCUUUCUAUUCUCUGUUUAUGAGUACCUGGCAGAGGCCCUGGUAUUUUCAAAACAUAGUUGUUUUCACUAAUGUGAAAAUGUUAUGUUAUGCUGUGUGCAAACAUAACUAUCUUCAAGUAUA